AUGGCGACGGUCCAGGCUGCCAAUGAGCUGAAGCAGCAGGGGGCCAUCGAAGCAUCCCAGGAUCCCAACAGCAGCGUUACCGCCGCUGAUGCGGAGCGCAAGAUCGUUGAAGCUAGCCGGGAAGCAGGCGUGACAGCCUUCACGUUCAACCCCGAUGCUAGCCCCGAAGAAAAACGAGCACAGGCGAGAGCUGCUGUCCCCGAAGGAUUCCACCGCCGACCCAAAGGCGUUGCAAUUGUGACCGACAUCGACGACGGUACGAAGGCAGAUGUUGACCUGCCUUCUCCCUCCAAGGCCGGCGUUAUCGAGACUGCGAAGGGCGCUGAUGGAAAGGCUCUUGUAAACGGACAACUUGAAGAGGAGGAUGACUGGAGCAAGACAGGCUGGGCCCCGCAGUUCGGCUGGCCCACGGAGCUCGCAGACGAAGGCGACGACUUGCUGGACCAUUCAACCUGGGUCGAGUCCCAGUUGUCUGAGAAGUUCUUUGGUGAUUGGUAUCACAACACAGCCGUCAUUGUGUUUGCGUGUCUCUCCUCUUGGCUGGUGGCGGUACUUGGCGGCGGCCUUGCCUGGGUGUUUAUCGUCAUGGCUAUCUGCUCAACUUACUACCGCACCUCGCUCCGUCGAGUUCGCCGCAACUUUCGCGACGACAUAACGCGCGAGAUGGCACUCAAGAAACUGGAGACAGACAACGAGUCUGUUGAGUGGAUCAACUCGUUCUUGGUCAAGUUUUGGCCUAUCUACCAACCUGUCCUCGCCCAAACAGUCAUCAACUCGGUUGACCAGGUCUUGAGUGGCGCCACCCCGGCCUUCCUAGAUAGUCUCAAGCUGAAGACUUUCACUCUAGGCUCGAAACCCCCCAGGAUGGAACACGUGAAGACUUACCCCAAGGCUGAGGACGACGUUGUCAUCAUGGAUUGGAUGUUCAGCUUCAGUCCCAACGAUACUGCAGACAUGACGUCUCGCCAACUCAAGAACAAGAUAAACCCCAAGGUUAUCCUUGAAAUCAGGGUUGGUAAAGCGAUGGUGAGCAAAGGUCUGGAUGUGAUUGUCGAAGACAUGGCUUUCACCGGCUUGAUGCGCCUUAAAAUCAAGCUACAACUUCAAUUUCCCCACGUCGAAAAGAUCGAAAUGUCGUUUUUGGAACGGCCAACUAUCGACUACGUCUGCAAGCCGCUCGGCGGUGAGACGUUUGGUUUCGACAUCAAUUUCAUUCCAGGUCUUGAGUCAUUCAUCAUGGAACAAAUUCACGGCACCCUAGCUCCGAUGAUGUACGCUCCGAACGUCUUCCCUAUCGAAGUUGCCAAGAUGCUGGCCGGCACCCCCGUUGACCAGGCUAUUGGUGUCAUUGCUAUCACACUACACGGCGCCCAAGGCCUCAAGAAUACCGACAAGUUCGCCGGCACGCCCGACCCGUAUGCGGUUGUUUCCCUCAAUGGGAGGCAACCUCUUGCGCAAACCAAGGUCGUCAAGGAAAACGCCAACCCUCGCUGGAACGAAACACAUUACGUCAUUAUCACAUCCUUCAACGACUCCUUGGAUGUCGACAUCUUCGAUUACAACGAUAUUCGCAAAGACAAAAAGCUUGGCACUGCCUCCUUUCUGCUGGAAAAUGUUGAGGAGGUUUAUGAGCACGAAAAUGAAAGGCUUGAGCUGAAGCACGAUGGCAAGGCCAGAGGCGUCGUUCUUUCCGAUAUCCGUUUCUUCCCUGUCUUGGAACCAAGGAAGCUCGAGGAUGGAAGUGUCGAGCUGGCGCCUGAGUCUAACCAGGGUAUCUUGCGGUUCACCGUUGAGCAAGCCAAGGAACUGGAUGGCUCCAAGAGCAUGGUUGGCCUGCUUAACCCCUACGCAAUGCUUCUACUGAACGGUAAAGAGGUGCACACAAGCAAGAAGCUGAAGAGAACCAAUAACCCAAUUUGGGACAACGGCUCUAAGGAGAUUUUGAUCACGGACAAGAGAAAUGCCAAGCUGGGUGUCGCCAUCAAGGACGACCGUGAUUUGGCCGGCGACCAGACCAUCGGAACGUACCAAAUCAAACUAGAGGACAUGCUUGAGCUGAUGGCUAAAGGACAAGAUUGGUACAACCUUGCAGCGGCCAAGACUGGCCGUGUGAAGAUGAUGGCUCAGUGGCGCCCGGUGGCUAUCUCCGGCAUCGCGGCGGGCACUGGUGGUUAUAAAACGCCCAUUGGUGUUCUGCGAAUCCACUUCAAGAACGCAAGAGGCCUGCGGAAUGUGGAAGCACUGGGCAAGUCCGAUCCAUAUGUGAGGGUCGUCAGUGCCGGUGUCGAGCGAGGGCGGACUGUGACCUUCAAGAACAAUCUGGACCCCGACUGGGACGAGGUUCUCUACAUCCCGCUCCAGAGCGCCAAGGGCCGCAUGCAGCUGGAAGUUAUGGAUGCCGAAAACGUCGGCAAAGACCGCAGCCUGGGUCUCACCGAGAUCGAUAAGGCCGAUUAUGUGGCGCAGGACCAAACCGGCGAAUGGUUGGUACACGAGGAGAAGGUUGAGCACCGCGACGGGCUGCGUAUGCACGGCAAGGGCACAGCCAAGGGAGUUCUAACCUACACUGUCGCCUUCUACCCGACUCUCAACAUUGCCGAUCCGGAGGAGGAGGAAGAGAAGGAGAAGGAAAAGGAGGAAAGGGAAAAGAAGGAGCAGGAAAAGAAGGAGCAGGAAGGGGAAAAGGAAGCUGACAGCGACAAGGACAAGUCUUUGAGCCGACCAUCUGUUGAUGCCAAAUUGUCCGUGAGACAGUCACUAGACGUGAGGUCGAACGACGGCAAGGAGCCGGGUUCCCCUUUGACGCCAACGAGCCCAACUUCCGUCAUUUCGCCCCGGAAGUCGGGGGACAGCAAGGAAGCGCCCAAGAUUUACCUCACUCCUCAGGAGCUGCUUCAGCACGAGUCUGGCGUGGUCAUUUUCCGGCUUAUGGAGGCAGACCUCCCCAAAACCCAGAGCCGUAUCGAGGUUUUCGUGGAUGACAUGGCCUUUCCGUCCUAUGUCUCCUCCACGGCUAAGUCGCGACAUAACAAUUUUGAUGAAAUGGGCGAUUGCUUUAUUCGCGAGCUGGAGUUCUCCAAGUUAACCAUAGUGGUCUCGGAGAGGACCGACAAGCAGGAUGACGACCACAAGCAGCACACCCUGGCCCGUCUCUCCGGCAACACGCUAGACACCUUAAAGCAAUGCUUGAACAACCCCACGGUUCUCAAGCUGAAAGGCGAGGAUGGCGAGGCUUACUCAAUCAAAGUUAGCCUCAAGUAUGUUCCCGUCAGGAUGAUUCUUGAUCCAAGCGAGAGCAUUAACAACAUGGGCAACCUCCGUGUUGAUCUCAUCGAUGGUCAAAACCUCCCCGCUGCGGACUCUAACGGCAAGAGUGAUCCUUACGUCAAAUUUGAGCUCAAUGGCCAGGAAAUCUUCAAGUCCAAAGUUCAGAAGAAGACUUUGAACCCGGCCUGGAACGAAUUCUUCAAUGUUUCCGUUCCUUCCAGGACUGCUGCCAAAUUCAAGGCUGCCGUUUGGGAUUACGACUUUGCGGACAAGCCCGAUUUCCUCGGUGGUGCAGAGAUCGGUCUGGGUGCGCUCGAGCCUUUCAGGGCCCAGGAAAUCAAGUACAACCUCGACGGGAAGUCUGGCUCGAUCCGUCUGCGGCUGCUCUUCACGCCUGACUAUGUUACUCGAACGAGGCAAGGGACAUCAGCUCUGGCUGGCACUUUUGCCGUACCGGGCAAGAUUGUCACCGGAGUCGCCGGCGCUCCCAUCAAAGGCGGCGUUGCCGUGGCUGGAGCGGUGGGGCAUGGUGUCGGCAAAGGGGCCACAUUCCUCUUGCGCGGGUUCCGCAAGAAGGACGAUGAGAGUAGCAGCGAUGCCGACAGGAGCUCUGUCGAGGUUCCUCAGAUUACCACCGAAGGGCCCGCGGAAGUUCCAAAUGGCAGCUCCUCGUCGCUCCAUCACAGCCGCACGAAGAGUGUUGGCGCUUCGUCGGUCCACAGCGCCAUCAGCCCGGGCGCCUCGUCGGGCACAGCCUCCUUCACCGUCAUUUCGGCUUCCGGCUUCCCGGCUUCCACCGACGUUUAUAUUACGGUCACACAGCUACGCGAAGGCAAGUCCAAGCAGGUGGGCAAAACCAAGCACCACAAAUCCUCAAGCGGCACAGUCAAAUUCGACGAGACCUUCCGCAUCCAGUGUACCCCCGACUCCCAAUUCAAGAUCGAAGCAAAGGAGCACCACACCUUUGGCAGCGACCACCCGCUUGGCGAGAUGCUCUACUUUGUGGACGAGACGAACUCGGGCGCAGAAAAGACGCUGCCCGUUGGCAGCGGGACCGUCGUUGUCAAGAGCUCGUUUGUUCCCUCAACGGAUGACAGCAGCGACGGCAAACCUGUGCCAGACAGCCCCAAGUCAACCAAGUCGAGCGCUGGAGUCAGGCGGAGCUUCUUGAAUAAGCGGGAUCUGAAGGUGCCAGGUUCGUCUUCUUAG